AUGUCAGUUGCACGCACACCUACGAAAAACAGUUCCAAAUCUAUUUCUCCCACACACUAUGGAUCCGAUUCAGCUAUCUAUACCCUCGAGAGCCAUGAACAUAAUAUAGAUGUUAAUAUUAAAAAAAGAUCUAAACGCCGGUUAAAUAAUCCACCCAGCACCUCCGAUUUAACAUUAGCGGACCUAAUGGUAAGAUUGGAUGAAAUGAAUAAAUUGCAAGAUGCUAAGUUCGCUUCUUUGGAGUCAUCCAUGAACGCUUUAUCAAAGCAAAAUGACGAAAUCAAGGACACAGUUAUACAUUUGUCCGCUAAAUAUGAUGAUGUUUUAAAUAACUUAAAAAAACUUCAACAAGAAAAUGACUUUUUUAAAAACCGCAUUAAAACUCUAGAAGGGAAGCUUGAACAAUUAGAAAAAAUGCACGAACAACCACAGUUGAAAUAA